AAGAGUCACAUGGAAAAAGGUAAAGGGGAGGAAAAGAAUCAGAUGAAGGAAGAGGAAAAGAAUCACAUGGAAAAAGGUAAAGGAGAGGAAAAGAAUCAGAAAGAGGAAAAGAAUCAGAAGGAAGAAGGCCAAGUAAAGGAAAAGAAUCAGAAAGAGGAAAAGAAUCAGAAGGAGAAAGGUCAAGGAAUGAAGACCAGUCAGAAGGAGCAGGAAUACCAACAGAUUGGGAAAAGCGAAGGAAUGGAGACAAAUCAGAAUAAGGAGAAACACCAACAGAGCGGCAAAGGCCACGGAAUGGAGACAAAUCAGAAUAAGGAGGAAUCCCAACAGAGCGGCAAAGGCCACGGAAUGGAGACAAAUCAGAAUAAGGAGGAAUCCCAACAGAGCGGGAAGAGCCAAGGAAUGAAGUCCAAUGAGAACAAGGAGGAAUACCAACAGAGCGGAAAAAGCCAAGGAAUGAAGUCCAAUGAGAACAAGGAGGAAUCCCAACAGAGUGGAAAAAGUCAAGGAAUGGAGACAAAUCAGAAGAAGGGAUACCAACAGAGCGGCAAAAGCCACGGAAUGGAGUCCAAUCAGAACGAGGAGGAAUACCAACAGAGCGGGAAAAGCCAAGGAAUGAAGUCCAAUGAGAACAAGGAGGAAUCCCAACAGAGCGGGAAAAGCCAAGGAAUGGAGACAAAUCAGAAAAACGAGGGAUACCAACAGAGCGGGAAAAGCCAAGGAAUGAAGUCCAAUCAGAACAAGGAGGAAUCCCACCAGAGCGGGAAAAGCCAAGGAAUGGAGACAAAUCAGAAGAACGAGGGAUACCAACAGAGCGGCAAAAGCCACGGAAUGGAGUCCAAUCAGAACGAGGAGGAAUACCAACAGAACGGGAAAAGCCAAGGAAUGAAGUCCAAUCAGAACAAGGAGGAAUCCCAACAGAGCGGGAAGAGCCAAGGAAUGGAGACAAAUCAGAAGAGCGAGGGAUACCAACACAGCGGGAAAAGCCACGGAAUGGAGUCCAAUCAGAACGAGGAGGAAUACCAACAGAGCGGGAAAAGCCAAGGAAUGAAGUCCAAUCAGAACAAGGAGGAAUCCCAACAGAGCGGGAAAAGCCAAGGAAUGGAGACAAAUCAGAAGAGCGAGGGAUACCAACAGAGCGGGAAAAGCCAAGGAAUGGAGACAAGUCAGAAGAACGAGGGAUACCAACAGAGCGGCAAAAGCCACGGAAUGGUGUCCAAUCAGAACCAACACAAUGGGGCAGUCCAAGGCACGCAGACAAAUCAGCAGAGAGGCGGACACAAAUCGCUUCUAAGUUUGGAAAUAAACUGAGUAAAUGAUUUAGUG